AUGACUUUGCAGCUGUCCUUAGCGUCACUCAUGCUUUGCGCCUUUCUGGUCGGCGCUCACGCCGUCUUGAAAGGUAUGCGAGAGCCAGAGAAGACCUCGAUAAGGGCAGGAGAUUGGCACGGGUUGGAAUACCGCUGGAACGUGAACAAAUCUUUGAGGGUGCGCUGGAGCAACCGCACCGUUUCUUGCAUGAAGCUGCCAGGACUGCUGGCCAGGGAAACAGCCAAGAGCGUGCUGUCGCUGCUUACACGCAGUCAGUCAUAUGACUCUGAACCUGAUUCUGUGGAUCACAUGCCAAGCUUCGAGUUCUACCCAAUGGCAGCUGGCAGAUGGACAGACCAAGCCUUGCAAGAAAAGUUGGACCAGUUCGUUCGGACCGUCAUGUUGCCAUAUGUGCAGCAGACUUUUGCCUGCCCCCAGUGCUCCUUAGCUGAUAUUCUUGUGCGAAGGUAUGUAGCAUCCGAGAGACGCACUCAUCAGCUUCACUUUGAUGGCCACGCCUAUGUCACCGUGGUGCUGGGGCUAACUGACCCAUCAGAGUUUGAGGGUGGGCUGUACAUCCAGCCGGGGGCACAUGCCAGCUCCCGUGAGUUUGUGCACUUGGAUCCAGGAGACGCUUUUGUGCACUCGUUCGACCUGCAGCAUGGAGUUCGGCUUUGGCAAGGGACUCGAUACAGCAUGGUCUUUUGGAUUAAGACGCCGGCGGAGGCUGUUGAGGACGGCACUGCACCGUGGUACGACGUGGCGGCCAAACAUGGUGAUCCAGAUGCCAUGUUUAACUUGGGUGAGCAGUACCUUCGGGGAACCUCUGGACGAGAUGUCAACGUGAGCCGGGCCGCUGAGUUGUACGAGCAGGCUGCUGCGUUGGGACAUCAUGGUGCCCAGACGCAUUUGGGGCUGCUGCUUGCGGAUGCUGGUGGGUCCAAUCUAACGGCAAGUGCAAGGUGGCUUCAGCUGGCUGCCAAGGGCGGGGACGUACUUGGUCAGAAGAGUUUGGCUUUUGCGUUUGCAAAUGGACAGGGCGUUCAGCAAAAUUUGACGCGCGCGGCAAGGUGGAUGACGCGAGCAGCAGAACAAGACGAUUUGGAAGCUGCCUACGUGCUCGGCACCAUGUACUUGCAUGGGCAGGGCGUGGAGGCUAGUCGCGCCCGGGCCAAGCGUUGGUUGAGGCAGAGCGCCGAAGCGGGCUACGUGGAUGCACAGAAAGAGAUGGCCCUCUUUGAGAAAGGAGAGGGGGUCCCUGGCAAGCAAGGUUCUAAAGCGAACCUCACAGCGGUGGAAGCCUGGCUCAGCCUGGCUGCACGGCAGGGUGAUUCUGAGGCCAGGCACCUUCUGGCAGACCUCCUUGCCCGGCAAGAGAGGCACAAAGAGGCUGUAAAGCUCUGGCGGCGGCUCGCCAAGCUGGGGGAUGCACAGGCGCAGUGGCAGCUUGGCAGGUGCUACGCACAAGGCCGGGGCACCAAGGCCAUGCCGCAGAAGGCGCAGGCCUUGCUUUCAAAGGCCGCCGCUCAGGGCCAUGAGGAUGCGGCUCAAGAUUUGGCCAGGCUCAGGAAUGAGGCUCUGAAGCAUUGCCUUCGGCCGGCGUGCUGGGCCGAGCUUGAGAACGCGUAUGCGGAUUUGGAAGCACAGCGCGACUCGCUGCAGCAGGAGGUGGAUGGCUUGCGCCGAAGCUCGCAGGAGAACCUGCAGGAGCAGCCGCUCCCAUCGCAGCCCGAGGAGCUCGAAGAGUUGAGGGGGCAACUCCAGGAAGCCAAGAAGGAGGCGGAUCUGCGGCUUACGGAGGAGGUCCGCAAGGAGGAAAAGAUUACCAGGCUGGCCAUGGAACUGGAGCAGCAGACGCUCCGCCUCUCUGAGCUCAGCAAGCAGAAGUUCCAGCUCGAGUACGACAAGACCAGGACUGAAUCCGAGAUGCUGCCCAUUACUGCAGCCCGCGAUCGGCUGCAGACCGAGCGGGAGGCGCAGGACAGGCUCAUCGAAGAGCUACGCAAGGAGCAGGACAAGCUGUUCAACGAGAAGUUUGAACUGGCGCGGAAGAUGCGGCGAGACCUGGAGGCAGCACAGGCUGAGGCCAAGUACCACCAAAACGUCGCAGAGGAAGCGCGCGAGGCUCAGUAUCGCGAGAGGAAGCUGAAGGAGGAGCUGCAAGUCCAGCUGAAGGAUGAGAGGGAAGAUUUUGCGGCCAAGCAGGCGGCACUGGAGGACAACUGCCGCAUCAAGCAAGAGCAGUUGGACCGCACGACUCGCCAUUGGCAGACUUGCAGGGAGCAGCUAGAUGAAGCCGUGCAAGGGCUGGAGCAGGGCGCUGAAUCGGAGAAGCAGAAGAACGCAGUUCAGGCGGAGUUGGAGGACCUGCGCCAAGAGUUCGAAAGCUUCAAGCAGGAGCACGAGGACUUCUUGAGGAGGCGCCUGCCUGGAGCUGAUACUGGCGAGCUCCCUCGAGGCUUCGAAAGCCUCACCGAGCUGGUCAGAAUUGCCAACACCUCCCGUGAGGAGGCCCUGAAGGAAAGAGCUGCCAGGGAAAACCUCCAGCAGGUGCUCCAGGACAUAGAGAAGGAGAUUCGUCAGCGAUAUCCCGUCCUCAUGAGCCAAGUGCAAGAACUCCGCGAGCUGCGCAACCAGAAUGCCGAGCUCAAGGAGCAGAACAAGAUCAUCUACAACAAGGCUCGCGAGUACGCGAUUUACAAUCGAGACGCAGAGGCUCGCGCGAAGAGGGCGGAGCAGUCAAACAAGAUGAUAGAAGCUCACGCCCAGGACCUCACUAAACAGCUUACCAUCAUGCUGUAUGAGAAAAACAGGCGGGCAACCAUCAACUUGGCCGGUACCUCCCGGACCUGGUUCGCGCUGAACCAGGCGGAGGAGGAGAACGAGUGGCCAAUGACUUCCGUGCAGGAUGUUGUUGAGCAGAAUGUGGCGCUGCGCAAAGCGUUGCGGCAAGUCGAGGAACGGUGCGGGCGAGAAGAGGCUCAGGAGAUGGAGCGCCUACAGGCCCGAGAGGAUCAGUUUGAGGAGGAGCUCCAGCAGAAGAGUGACGAGCUGAAGAACCUCCAAGCACAGCUCCAGGAAGUGAAGGAAACUCUGCAAGAAGCUGCGCACGACCGAGACGCAGCAGUUCGAAAGGUGAAGACCCUGGAGGAAACCUCUUCGUCGGAAGCCAUGGACAACAGGCCUGCGGAAAAGAGACUCACACUGGAGGACGUGCAGCACGCCUUCAGCACAGCAAUCAGAUGGGACACCGAGUUCGUCGACGAGGAGGGUCUCGCUGAGCUGCCGGGCAAGCGUGGGAGGGGCGCAGGGAAACCCGUUCAGAGCGCCAAGGAGCCUGGCGCAAAGGGUAGCAAGCGUCCGUCGAAGGUGUCGCUCAAGCGGAACUCGAAGAUGGAAGAUCCCGAAUGGAUUCGAGCCAACAAGGAGGUGGCAAGAGAGCCAGUCGUAGCGGGGAGCGGUGACUGGCUGGUGGACUGCCUGCUGGAGGAGACAGACCCUCAGGUGGCCAUGCGUCAGCUGGAGGAGCGGGAGGCCGCAGGUGACGUGGCACCCUUCUUCUGUGUGGCUCGAAUUUGGGGUGGCGGUUGGGGAGGCCAGUGCCGGUUGCCCCAUCUGCCCGGCAUCGACUACUGCGAGUCGCACCAAGCGCAAGUCAAGCGCCAGGGGUACCUGACCCAUGGCCGUAUCGACGGCCCGAUCCCGCCAAAGAAGCACCGGGAGUUUCGGACGGUUCAGCGCAGGCUUAGCGCAUCCUCUGCAGGCUCGCACGGUGCCAGGGAGACCAACUGCGAGAAGCCAAAGCAGCCGAUCCAGCGUAGCUUGUCCGAAGUCCUGGGUAGGACGGCGCCCAGCGCAAAUGCCGCAGGCGCAAAACCUGCCAAGAAGCGAGGUUUGCUCGAGAUCCUGCGGAGGGAGCCGAAAAAUGCGCUGCGCGGGAGUUGCAACCUUGUUCGGCGUGUUAACGUGUGA